AUGGGCGCAAAUGCACUACCUGCCAUCACCCAACCUCUCGCGGACUACAAAUGGCCCACGCAGUUUGUCCGAAGCGGCGAGGCAAAUAUUCAAGUUCUCGUUCAAGGCGCAGGACCAACGGUCGUCCUCCUGCCGUCCUACGGCCGAGAUGGCGGAGACGACUACAACUACUUCACCCAUUCUCUUGUGGAGGCGGGCUACCUUGUCCUGCGUCCACAACCCCGCGGAACCUUCCAGUCGACUGGACCGAUGCAGAACGUCACGAUGGAAGAUCUUGCUGCAGAUGUCGCAGCUGUGAUUGAUGCUCUUGGCGACGGACAAGCCAUCGUGAUCGGCCACGCUUUUGGCACCUUCCUCGCCAAAGUCAGCUCUGUUCUGUAUCCGGAGAAGAUCCCUGCGAUCGUGGUGGCAGCUCCAGGCGCCAUCGACUUACCACCCACUAUCGCCAAAAUGCCAUUUAUCGCUGGAAAUACCGCUUUGUCUCUGUCUGAGCGGCUCGGGGCUCUGGAAACAGCCUUCUUUGCGCCCAAUCAUGAUGCGCACAUCUGGCUGGAUGGCUGGUAUCCCGAUGUUCUUGCGAUGGAACACGCGGCCAUUGAAGCCUACGGUAGCUUGACUCCACACUGGGCUGGUGCCAAUACGACCCAGGUUCUGGAGUUGAUUCCUGCAGAUGAUCCGUUCCAGCCGGAAUCGACAUGGAAUGAAACGACCACUUUGUAUCCGAGUCGAGCAACCUCGAAAAUCAUUGCUGAUGCCUCUCAUGCGCUGUUUCCUGAACAGGGACAGGCUGUGCUGGAGGCUAUUCUGCCUUGGUUGAAUCUUCAGAGCUCCAAGCUGUGA